UUUGUUGGUUCUGGUCUCGAGCCACGAGCCCGAGCCCACGAAGCCACUGGAGGCCACUUCGUUUUCGGUGGCUUGUCUGCGGAAAGUUUAAAAAUAGUUGAGUACACUCGGUGAUGAUCCGUCGCGUAAAUCGCCCUGAAUUUUGCUCCUCUAACUGAGCGGAUGUAUCGCUUGUAUUUGUAAGAGAUUUUCGGACGAAACUUCUCCGAUAUGGCUUCGAAAGUCACGCUUUCCCAGGCGCUGGGAACGGAUGGCAGUGAUUACAGCCACAGACAGAAAAUCGCAACACAUUACCAAGUUAGUGCUACAAACAAAUCAAGACUGAAAUACUGCAUAUUCUUUCAUUAUCUGUUAUUUUUUGUCAUGCUUGCCAAAUUAUCUGCAGACAUAUUAGAUCAUUUGGAUAUAUUUAUUCUGGAAAUAGAGGAGUUACAAAUACCACAGCCAUUAUGGUGGGAAUACAUAUGGUGCACUAGUUUAUUAUUAUCUUUCUUUGCCCUUUCGGCAAUUAAAAGAAAUAGAAUCAAAGUACUACAAAAAUAUAUGAUAGGCAUUGUUUUACUAGGGUAUGGUCCAUUGAUUUAUGCUAUUGUAUAUUACUUCAAGGAUGUUUGGAUGUAUAUAACUGUAGGUAAAUCUGAAGAUAUUCAUCUAUGGCAGGGUCUACCUUAUGGUGUACUUUGGUAUGCCUUUAUCCUUUUAGCCUCGCAAGUUCACUGUUUUUCUUUGUACUUUUCAUGGAAUUUGUUAAUUGCUUGGAAAACACGAGGUACCAAGAAAAUGGACUAAACCUACAAACAAGAAAAGUAACGCCUACAGAAAUAUGUUUAUGUGAAUCAUGGAUUGACUUUCCAAAAUGUUAACCAUACUUAUCUUUCAUGAUACGAAACCAUAUAAUUAAUUAUUGCAUAAAUAAUAUUCAAAAAGUGUCAAAUUUUAUGAGAUAUAUUAGGUUGUAAACUAAGCAUUGUGGAUCGAACUAUCUGAUUACAGUAUUUGCUACAGCAAUUAUUUUCAACACUUUUCUUUUAAUUUUUUUAAUAAGUCUAUCGUGCAUAAAAAAUGACGUAUAACGCGCUAUUCUCUGCUGCUGUCAUAAAUAUUAUUUGAGUACUGUAUGAGGUAAUGCCAGACAAAAUAAUCAUCAUUGCAUAAUUGUGUUUUUUUAAUUCAAAGAAAAUUUCUGCCAAAAUGAACAGAUUGAAUAUGUGAGAGAUGAUUUAAAUAAUCCGCAAGUGGUGAUUUCAACCUGAAGAAUAAACCACACGUUCAAUGGCGAUGGAAACGAAAGUUCAGUAGCAUUAUUGGAAACAGAAUUGAUCGAUUCGUAAACUUGCAUAACUGCUCGGGACAAGCUAGCUAAAUUGCCCUGGCUAUUUGUAAGCAUUUGCAAGCUCUUUUUCAAGACUCGGACGGAAGAAAAAUCCGCAAAAGUUAGUUUACAGCCUGAUAUUUGAACAUGAGGAUAUACCAGCGUACAAUUAGGUAUGUCCAAAAAUACAUAUAUACUUAAUUGAAUUUAUAAUAUUUUCAAGUAGAAUUUACAAAGUCGCGUUAAUAAGGUAGACUCUAAAGAUUGUGAAUUUUUUCUAAAGUAAAUUUUAUAAUUUAUUGAACUAUUUGGCGAAUCAGAAAUGUGUAUAAAUAUUUGAUUCAGAUAUCUUCCUAGCAAUUAAAAUAGCAAGUGACUAAUAAUGAGGCGUUACGAUAUAUAAAUAAUAUAAAAACAAAAACAGAAUGUUACAUGUUUAUCUGUUAUAAUUAAGAAAUAUAUUUUACAAAAACUGUAUAUAUAUAUGUAUGUGUGCGUGUGUGUAUAUAUAUAUAUAUAUAUAUAUUGCCUUUAUUUGUUACUCCUCUAACUUUUUGAUGUUUAAAGAAGUUAUUACGAAAUGAGGGAGCAUAUAAUGUAUCUAAUAUUAACAGUAAUAAAAUCUGAGUAAGAAUUCAUAA